CAGCGUUAGAUUAACGUAAAACUCAGCACAUCAGGUGCUAUCUAAUCGUAAUUAUAUACUACUGUAGUUACCGUAUAAAAUCGUAUUUAAUCAAUCGGUGCAGUGUUUCUCCUUGCACGAACUGAGUGCCCUGCCCCUAAGACGAAGGGUCUGCCGUUGACAAAACACAUGUAGUUCCCUCCUGGAUCUCGGGAUACUAGGAAAAGGCUAUCAGAAAAACGAUUUCGGAAUAAUCACUGAUAAAUUGCAAUACGGGUACAGAUUUCAUGUGCGCUGAUAGAAUGUUUUGCAUGGUGCACGGUAAGUAUAUACUAAAAGCACAAUACAUCAGCUGCAAUAAUAUAAGUAAUGGCUUUUUUGACCUUUGACAUUUCAUUAAGGCAUUACAGGAUCCCUUCAAUUUCCGUGUUAUGCUCGGAAAACUGCAUCCAAGUCCUACAUAUACAAUUACGUAGCAAUUUCAUUUUAUUACAUCUGCAGUAUGAAGGUAGAAGCUAUCCGGCGGCAAAAGUGAGGCAUUGCGAUAUAUAGAUAUUGUAGUUUCGGGUGCGCCGUACUGUAUAUAACUGCAUAUGCCGUGUAAUUGAUCGUGCGCGUUGCCGCUCGGUUCCAUUUGAGGUUUCAAGAGAAGGCUUCUAGAAAAUUUCAGUGGGAGUACAGUUCACGGCGACAUGUCGUAUAGUUUACAAUAUAAUGUUCACAGGGACAAUAUGUUUUAAAAGUUCUUGCCUGGAACUCAUACGCUUAUAUUACUGUCUAAUGACGAUGAUAUAUGACAAAUGCGCUGACGAUAAUUAUCAAGUCACAAAAACAUUAUGCAUGCAGUGGGUUAAAAUGAUUUUCAAAGCGAUGGUGCCGCCGGCAAAGUUACAGCAAAAAACUUUCGCCCACCAUGGUGGAGUGGUCGAUGUGCACGAGACACCUGAGAACGGCCAAUGCGACAAGGAAAUUUUUCAGAAAACAUCUACCACGUCUGCAUAAAGAAGCAAAUUUGACAAUAAGCAGCGAGUGGACCUACUGCUUUCUCAUUGUUGUGGAUAAAGUCCCUCAUAAUAUCAUCGUUUUCCCUAUUGAUCGCCUUUGUCACUCUUGGGUUAUGGAGAAUGCUAUUGUUCAGUCCAGUUUUGAUCGGACGGACAGUUCAGCGCAGAUCUUUGAUCCCCAUGGUCGACAAUUAUGGGCGCGCGGCAACGGUAUAUUUCACCAUAUGCCGUUUAUUGUACGUCAGAAUAUUUUGCGCAUCAAGCACGAACCAAAUGUGGAUGUGACCGAUCAGUUUCCGGCCCGCCUAGCCGAACGGAUCCGUCUCAACGUGGCCGGGAAGAAGUACGACAUUCCGUACGAUAUCUUCCAAAAGCAUCCUAGCACAUUAUUAGGCGAUCCGGUCAAACUUUCCAAAUUUUUCGAUCUAUCAACACAAGAAUUCUACUUUGAUCGGGAUCGGAGCUCUUUUGAAUCCAUCAUCCAGUAUUAUCAAACCGGUACACUGUACCGGCCGCUGCAAAUUCCCUUGCGAGUUUUCGUGGCAGAAUGUCGGUUUUUUGAGUUGGACGAACCGGCACUAUUGCAGAUUUGUGAACAUGAAGGUUUUAGACCGUAUAAAAAACUGAAACUGCCGAAAAACCGAUUUUUACGCGAACUGUGGCUGUUCGUGGAUGAUCCGCACAGUUCUCUGGCUGCGAAAGUUUUUUCAUUAUUCAGCAUGUUGAUGAUUAUUCUAUCUGUGGUAGUUUUGUGUACACAAUCUAUGCCGCAGUUUCGGGGUAUUACGAAUGCGACCAGAGAACUGGAAGUUAUUGUUAACGGCAGCUUUAAUGAUACAGAUGGCGAUGGAAUUGACGAUGCGGCGGAGCUAGCGGUCAUCUACGAUUAUGCCCAGUUUUCCGAUCCAUUUUUCAUUAUUGCCACUGUCUGUAUUGCCUGGUUCACCAUCGAAUUCAUAUUACGUGUUAUAUCGUGUCCGUCUAAGAAAAACUUUUUAAAAUCUCCUAUUAACAUCAUCGAUUUGAUUGCCAUUGUGCCAUACUACAUCGACAUUACGGUCACGGUAGUGUGCUUAUCGCGAGGCAUCUCCAGCCACAGUAAAGCCAGUAUCAUGGGUAUUCUCCGGGUGCUGAGGGUCAUCAGGAUUUUUCGCAUUGUCAGGUUGUCAAGAUACUCCAACGGACUGAGAAUUCUGGGAGAGACGUUCAUUGUUUCGCUACGGGAGCUUGGGCUUCUGAUGUUAUUUUUGGGUAUUGGCGUGGUUUUGUUCAGUAGCUCCAUGUUUUAUGCUGAAAUCGGGAUGAAAGACACGCAGUUCAACAGUAUACCCGAAUCGUUCUGGUGGGCCAUUGUAACAAUGACUACGGUUGGCUACGGAGACGUGACACCAAAAGGACUAUUUGGAAAAAUCGUCGGCGCUUGCUGUGCAAUAUCUGGAUUAAUGGCCAUAGCAUUGCCUAUCCCUGUGAUCGUUGCUAACUUUAAUGCAAUUUACAUUCGUGAAAAGCUAAGACCAGAAAUAGAAGAUUUAUUGGGAGAUGUACUAAAUGUCCACCGGGUACAGUCAUCGGUUCAUGUCCACGUUCCCCAUAUGCACAUUCACAGGAACAGAUCAAAAAUAUCAAAGUCUCCGACAGAAGACCUUGUUCCACCGGUUGACCGCAAUGGAGUUAAUUUCCAUUUGUCUGAAAAUGCAGCCCAGGAUAGCGCUAUGAAUGGUAGCUAUACCAAUUAUGCGAUCACAGUUGAAUAAAAUUAAAAGGCUAAUUUAAUGGCUUCAAGUGGUGCUGCAUUUACCUGCACAUAUCGCUUGCACUACUUAUUUUCGUUGUGGCUUUCGCGUAAGCGGUUUACAGACCGCAUUGCUGUGAUAAAGUUGUUGAUUUAAUAUACUUUGUGCAUGUUGUACCAGAUUAGCGCUGCCUAUUGUAAAACAUAUUGUA